AUGGAGGCAAAGCGGCGGUUCGUGGAAGAUGUUGCGAUAAUCGGUGGAUUAAUCGGUGUCCAGUUUUUAUACGCCGGAAACUCGGUUUUGCAGAGUUAUAUCAUGUUUGUUGGCCUUCCUCCUACUCCUCUCAUCAUCUCUUCGAAUUUCGUCACCUUUCUCAUCCUCUCUCCUCUUGCCAUCUUUUUCGAAAGGAAGUCAUGGCCGAAGAGAUUGAGCGUGAAAUUACUGGUUCAGUUGGUUUUGAUAUCGUUUGCGGGGGUGACGUUGUUUCAAUCUUUAAUGUUAAAGGGGGUCGAUUUAACUUCGCCAUCAAUGGCUACCGCGAUGCCGAAUCUUGCACCGGGGCUCAUCUUUAUCAUCGCUUGGGCCUUUAGGUUAGAGAAAGUCGAUAUCAGUUGUACUUAUAGUAGGGUCAAGAUAGUGGGCACGUUUUUGUGCGUGCUCGGGGCCAUUACGAUGAGCCUUAUGCAAAGCACGAAAAAGAAUCCCUUCUCGGAAGACGUAUUUUUACACGAUCCCUUGUCUUCAAGAAGCGAACAUUUUUACAUUUUCAACAAGGACAGGAUUAUCGGUUGUUUUUAUCUCGUUGCUGCUGUUAUUGUUCUAUCAAGUGAUGUCGUCUUGCAGGCUAUAACAUUAGUCGAUAUGCCGGCACCUAUAUCGUUAAGUGCAAUAACAUCGUUAAUCGGUGUGAUACUAACUGCGACACUCGAGUUUAUCGAAAAACAUGCGAUCCCGACACCGUGGCCCAUUUGGUCUUUGAAACAGCUGAUUUGCUAUGCUCUAAUGGCGGGAAUGAUCACCGGAGUUUGUUUUAGCUUCAAUGCAUGGGCGAUGAAGAAAAGAGGGCCUGUUUUGGUCUCGAUGUUCAAUCCCAUUGGAACCGUCAUCGCUGUUAUCAUCUCGUGUUUCUUAGGUCAAUCUAUUGCUCUUGGAAGCCUUACGGGUAUGUUUAUCAUGUUUACGGGGUUGUAUUUUGUGCUAUGGGCUAAAGGAAAAGAGGGUUUCUUACAAAAAGACGAACACGCAAUCCAAAGCGAGUGCCAUGACGUAGAGAAGCCUCUCCUUCAAUAA